GGACCGCGCAGUAAUUAUCGGACUGCGUUGAUGAGAAACUUGGAAGGAAGCUGACACACAUGUCUGCCUCGAAGGAUGCUGACACACGUGCCAGCCUCGGUUGGGGAUGUCUGCGGACCCCCGGACAAAACUUUGGGGAAGUCUCCGGUCGUUGUCGUUCGACCUCCGCAAAAUUAGAUGAUAUUCGGCCGGCCGUGUCUUGUUGAACAUUUCUGCUGCCGCAAACAUCCUGCACGAGAUUUACAUCCAACCUCGGCUCCCGAAGCAUUGGAAGGUUAUCAUCAUCACGUCAAAAUGGGCUCACAGACAAAAGGCCGAGUGCUUCUAACUGGUGGCACCGGGUUCAUUGCUUCUCAUGUCUUGGACAAAUUGCUGGACGAGGGCUUUCAGGUCGUCGUCACUGUGAGAUCCGAAGAAAAAGGGCGCCGGUUGGUAGAAUCGAUAGAAGCGGCGUCAGAGGAUAGCGUUUCUUUCGUGGUGGUCGAGGAUAUUGCGGCAGACGGUGCAUUUGAUGCAGCCGUGAGAUCAGACCCGCCCUUUGAUUAUGUCGUUCACACGGCCUCGCCGUACCAUUUCAACGUCCAGGACCCCCUGAAGGAUUUCCUCCAACCCGCCAUCUCGGGCACAGUUGGCCUCCUCAAGGCUGUCAAGGCAUACGCCCCGACCGUCAGGCGACUUGUCAUGACCUCUUCGUCGGCAGCGAUGAUCAAUCCAGGCAAUCAUCCCAAGGUCUACGAUGAAAGUGUCUGGGCACCGUUGACCUGGCUGGAAGCACUGGAUCCCGAAAACACAUACCGAGGCAGCAAAGUAUUCGCCGAGAAGGCCGCCUGGAAGUUCAUCAAAGAAGAAGCCCCAAACUUCGACCUCGCAACCAUCAACAACACCUACACCUUCGGCCCCCUCCCGCGCCACCUCACCAGCCUAGACGCCACCAACACGUCCAACCACCGCAUCCGCGACAUGGUGCAGGGCAAGAUGCGCGCCGCCCUCCCGCCGACCAGCCCCGUCUUCACCUUUGUUGACGUCCGCGAUGUCGCGCUGGCACACGUGCGCGCCCUGACCUUGCCCCAGGCCGGCGGGAAGCGAUUCUACGUCGUCGGGGGUUACUUCUCCAACAAGCGGCUGGCGGAUAUCGUCAGGCGGGUGAGGCCUGAGCUGGCGGGUGUGCUGCCGCCUGAGGAUGCUGUUGAUGACUUACCGGAGGAUGUGUAUCGGUUUGAUAACUUGAGGUCGAGGGAGGUGUUGGGCAUCGAGUAUACGGAUUUGGAGACGAGUGUGGGAGAUACGGUGCAGUCGAUUGUGGACUCUGGGAUGCUGUGAUGGAAUUUCUGUAUUAAUUGCUGGAGAGAUAGGCUGAUUACAUGCUUUGCCACGAGGAACAGCCAGAGGGAAAUCCUCAACGAGGUUGCCUUCUCCGCUGCCGUGUCCCCCUGGCAAUGAUCAAAAAGGCCACCGGACACUCUUCUAUUCCUCGUAUGACAGACGGAACACUAUGUAACCAUGCACCAAC